GACAGCAUGGGUACCAAACCGCAAUGUGCAGAAGAAAGAAACGGAGCUAGGCACGAAGACGAGGCCAUUCGCAAACAUUAGUGGUGUGUGCCGGCGGUGCUCUGAGCAGAUCGCAUGGCGCCGCAAGUACGGCAAGUACAAGCCUCUGACCGAGCCUGCCAAAUGCCAAGCAUGUGGCAAGAGGAGUGUGCGAGACGCGUACCAUGCCAUCUGCAAAGCAUGUGCGCAGGAGAAGGGGGUGUGUGCCAAGUGCAGGCAAUCCACCAAAGAGAUUGUGCAAGAUGAAGCAGCAGUGCGGGAGAGUGAGAUGAAGCAACUAGAGGAGGCCCUUGGGAGGCUGAGGGAGAGGGAGAGACGAAGCCUGCUGCGUGCG